UCUAACUCAUACAAAUGUCAUCUGACUCCAACCUCAAUCCCCCAGCUUCCGAAAAUUCCCGAAGAAAAAGACACCAAUACCCUCCCCAAAAUUCAGGUAAGCCAACCCUUAUUAUCCUGGCUGGGCUCCAGUCAGAAAUUGCCGAACAGGCUAGGAUUUUGUAGUACAAAGUAGAUUUUAGAGUGGAGAUUUGGGAGUGAAGAGAAUAGAGUGGGACUGGUGGGAUUUGUGUGGGGUUUGGAAUUUUUGGGGCAUGGAGGAUUUGGUAAUGGGGGUAGGGUUAGGUGAGAUAGGGAUGAGGGAUUUUGA